UCUCACAACACCACACUCUUUCUCUGAAACAAGAGAAUUUGACGCUUCUCAUACUCCUCAGCUUCAUCUCUCUUCCUGCACCAAGAUCCAAAUGCCAAAUCUUUUUAAUGUUCCUAUAAAAGAUAGUUUUCCCUAGAAUCUCAAUCUCAUAUACUGAUCAGGGUCAUCUCUCAAUUUGUUAGUACGAUCAUAUAGAAGAUCACUCUUAUCAUUUCUGUGAAUUAAAAGAUGGAUUUGAGUAAGAAACUGUCUUCUGGUGAUCAUGGGCUUGAUUGGAGCCAGAACUCCGUCACACCGGAGCCCCCAAAACCUCUUCCACCGAGGCGGCACCACCACCAACCACCAAAAUCAGAGCCUUUGAAGUGUCCAAGGUGUGAUUCAACAAACACAAAGUUCUGUUACUUCAACAAUUACAACCACUCCCAACCUCGCUAUUUCUGCAAAGCUUGUAAGAGGUACUGGACUAAAGGUGGCACUCUCCGCAAUGUCCCUGUUGGUGGCGGUCGCAAAAACAAACGGCUCAAGACAUCACACGCCGCCGCCGCCACCGCCACCAAUAGGGGUAGUCCCAUACAACUUGGUGGUCAUAAAAACAUGUCUGAUAUUCUUUACCAGGCCUUAAUUCCUCCACAGUCUUCAUUACAACAUGAUACAAUCAACGCCUUUAAUGGGAAAACUUUCAUCGGAAGCCAAAAUCAAAAUUUAAAGUUUUCAAUCUCAAAUUUGAGCUCUUUUGACGCAAACCCAUCUUCAGUAUCCACCACUUUUCGAUCAAUGAAUGAGUAUGAUUUCACUGAAAAGCUUGAAACUAUGGAGGAUUCAACAAUCACCACCACCACCAUGUUCAGCUCAAGCAGCAACUUUGUUUCUCAGCCAUGGCACAUUCUUGACACAAGCAGUGUCAUGGAGGUUGAUCUACUUAGAGGUCAGAAAUCAGAUAGAGUUGAUGUCACAUUAGCGCCACAAGAGAUGGAACUUAUGGACAAUGUAUUACCAGCCAAGUACGAGGAAGCCAGGGAGGAAGAGAAGCUGCGUAGUCAGCGGGAGGAUUUCAGUGACAUGGUUGCUGAGAUUGCGAAUAAGAGGAAGCGGAAGAUGCAGGAAAAGGAUGGGAAAUCGAAGAAAAAGGAUUUCAAGUUUUAG